GUAUUACCGCGAGUAUAAUGCAUUUAGCGUUGGUAAAUAAUUUUUUUUCAAAAACCAGCAGAGGAAUCUCAGACGGUAUAAGAAACACCUCGUGCAACGGCGGAUGGCUCCAAAUCUUCACCCACAUAGUAUGCGGAGUGUUCACAGUAACCAGUUUCAUCUUCAUCCUAAUGGUGGCCUUCAACACAAGCAAACCUAGACCGAACUAUGGGUCCCGGUGUCAGCUCUCCGGUUGUCGUGUUAUCUGCCACGGGGCACCGUUUUAUGAGGAAUAUGAGGAUGACAUUGUGUUGGCUGUUAUGGCUGCAGAAAUGAAUUGCCGCGACGUAUUUCUCACUUUAACGGAACCCCGUUUUACUAACGAAUCCCUGCCUCGUAAUUGGUUAAACAGAUUACGGCCGGUGUUGGUCGAAAUCGGUAUCAUAGGUGGAAACCUUCACCAUAUCUCACAUGAUGCCUUCUCUGCUGCCUUCACCAGAAAUUUGAAACUACUCUUGUUAGAAAAAAUAACCAUAUCAUCGUGGAGUCGAUACGCAUUGCUAGGAUUCGCAAAUUUAGAAACCAUUUUCAUAAAGAAAUGUAACAUUGUUGACAUGCGAGAAAAUUUCCUGUCUGCAGUAAGUCUAUCUUUAUCAACAUUAACUGUAAUAGAUAGCGGCUAUUGGAACCCAGAAAAUCUUACAGGAUCAUCACAAUUUUCCAUGUUUUCUUUGCUAACCUGGGUCGAUUUAUCAAGCAACGACUUUGGGGGAAACCUAGGAAAAGCCAGCUUUACUAGACUGAAGUACUGCAAGUCAUUACAUCUCGCUUCCAAUAGAAUUUCUUAUAUAGAACCAGGAGCUUUCGAUAAUCUGAAUCCGCACGAGGAAAAACUUUUCAUGAAUUCGUCGCUGCUUGCAAAGCAAAUGAACCAAAACGAAUAG